AUGGUCAAAUCUAUGAAGUACGAAAUCAGGACAGAAGCUCGGAGAAAAAAUCUGCUCAUUUUGAUUUUGCAUUAUUUAACACAAGAAGGAUAUAUUGAUGCAGCAAAUGCUUUGGAGCAAGAAACUAAAUUGGCUUUACGACGCUUUGAAGUUUGUGACAACAUUGAUCUUGAAACUAUUUUGAUGGAAUAUGAGAGCUAUUAUUUUGUAAAAUUCCAAAAGUACCCCAAAAUUGUUAAAAAGGCAUCAGAAACAGCAGAGAAUAAUUUGCCACCAAAAACUGGAGGAAAAAACAGAAGGGUAAUGAGUGACACUUGUCAAAAUCUCCCCAAGAUCAAUCAGCAGAGGCCAAGAUCCAAAACUACCACAGGGAAGACAGGGGACUCCAAAUCCCUGAAUAAGGAGAAUCCUGAACAGGAGGUCGGCAAUACUCACAUAGAGAAUGCGGACUUUGGCUUAAACAUCUCAAGAAUCCAUACUGGUAGUGGAGAGGAAAAUGCCCACCCACGAAGAGGCCAAAUCACUGACUUCCGAGGGCUGCUCACAGAUGCUAUCAAAGGAGCAACCAGUGAACUUAACUUGAACACUUUGGACUGUAACCCAGACUCCUCUGAACGCUUGCUGAAACCUCUGAGUGCAUUUAUUGGCAUGAACAGUGAGAUGCGAGAAUUGGCAGCAGUGGUGAGCCGGGACAUUUAUCUCCAUAAUCCAAACAUAAAGUGGGAUGACAUUAUUGGACUGGAUGCAGCCAAGCGGCUAGUCAAAGAAGCUGUUGUAUAUCCUAUAAGGUAUCCCCAGCUAUUCACAGGAAUUCUUUCUCCCUGGAAAGGACUAUUGCUUUACGGACCUCCAGGUACAGGGAAGACUUUAUUGGCUAAAGCUGUGGCCACUGAAUGCAAAACAACCUUCUUUAACAUUUCUGCAUCUACCAUUGUCAGCAAAUGGAGAGGAGAUUCAGAAAAACUUGUUCGGGUGCUAUUUGAACUUGCCCACUAUCACGCCCCCUCCACAAUUUUCCUGGAUGAGUUGGAGUCAGUGAUGAGUCAGAGAGGCAUGGCUCCUGGGGGAGAACAUGAAGGAAGCCUUCGAAUGAAGACAGAGCUACUGGUGCAGAUGGAUGGUCUGGCACGCUCGGAAGAUCUUGUGUUUGUCUUAGCCGCUUCUAACUUGCCAUGGGAGCUGGACUGUGCCAUGUUACGGCGCCUAGAGAAGAGGAUUCUGGUUGAUCUCCCUAACCAGGGAGCCAGGAAGGCCAUGAUCCACCACUGGCUUCCCCCUGUGAGCAAUAGCCAGGCCUUAGAGCUGCGGACAGAGCUGAAGUAUGAUGUCCUGAGCAAGGAGACAGAGGGCUACUCCGGUUCUGACAUUAAGUUGGUCUGCAGGGAAGCAGCCAUGAGGCCUGUGCGGAAGAUCUUCAACGCACUUGAAAAUUACGAGUCAGAAAACAGAAAUUUUCCUGGGAUCCAGUUGGAUACAGUGACCACAGAGGACUUUUUGGAUGUGCUGGCUCACACCAAGCCCUCAGCAAAGAAUCUAACUGAGAGAUACUCAGCCUGGCAAAAAGAGUUUGAGUCCGUUUGAAAACACACUUAUCCUGACCUGACCAGUGGUAUUUGCUUAAGUUGGAGAAGAACAUUGUGAUUGGAAUGGAAAAGAUUGUUUUUCAUCCCUGGAUUAAUUUUGACAACUGUUAUUUGGUAAACAGACAUUUUUAUUAAUGUUUCACCAUGGAUAUCAGCAACAUAGAGAAGAUUUCAGCUCCAUGUAUAUGUGCUCAUGAGGCCAAGCAACAGACUUGUCUCACAAUUAAGACUCCAUAAAAUUUUGACAAUUUCCUGUAGUAUUUCUUGUUUGUGAGCUUUCUGCAAUUUGAAGUAAAAGACUUUCUAAGU